UUAAACCAAAGCUAGGACAGUGGGGUCGGGCUAUCCUUUAGAGUAUAGAGUGUAGGUCAUAUGACUUGAGGAAUUGUUAUCACUGAAAAUCACUAUCAAACAAACGCUUCGAUGCGAAAAUGUUGAUGUGGCACGACAACAACUAGCAAAGGAUACCUACAGGCUACAGUGUACAACAGCUGCUAGUCAAUGUACGCUGUUCUACCUUUUACGACUGUCGACCGAUUUUAAACAAUUAUAAUUUAUAAUAUUAUUUUUUUAAUUGUUUUGAUAAUAAUUUAAAUAAAUAUAUAAAACACAUUAUAAACGUAUACGAGUCAUGUCUAGUACUUUGAGCGACGAAGAACACGAGUCGCAGCCAACGUUUGGACGCCAUGAAGCUCAUAAGCAUCACGACACAAUGGGCGAAAUUGUUGGAGGCGAUGCCGAAAAUGUUGACCUUCAGUUUAAUGAAGUCAAUCUACAUCCCGAGACUUUGAACACAUUGGAAAGUAAAGAAAACGGAAAUUCGGCGAAAGGAGACUUGGACAACGAUCCAAGUACUUUUGGCACUCCAGGACAUGAAAAACAAGAAGUGUUUGGAAGACACGCAGCACAUAAGCAUCACGACACGAUGGGCAAAAUUAUUCAAGGAGACGGGGCCGCCGCUAAUUUAAAAAGCGAAUAUUGUCAAAACGAUGAUAUUAAAUCAUCAGUACAACAAGAUCAAUCUAUAUGCGGGGACAUUUAAGACGUACAACAAGAAUGAAGACUAGUUUCACAAAAAGAGAUUAAAUUCAUCAUUGUAGUUUGUGGUAAACUUUAAGAGUUUUGCUUUUAUAGUAGUACAAUUAAUUAUUAUGCAUACUGAACACUCAACAGUCAAAUAACAACACUUUAUAAUAAUUUGUACAAUUUUAUUGGUUAAUAUAGUUUUAUAUUUGUUUUGAUUUUGUAUAAUGUAACAAUUGACAAUUACUACUAUUGAUGGUUUUAUUUAACUUUAAUUUAGAGAUUAUUACACUAUUGUCAAAUCACAUAAAUUAUCUGAUAUUAUACCUAAGUUUUUAUGUAUGUAUGUUAACUACUAAAAUUAAUUGGUCAUAUUAUUAAUAGUGUUUUUCUUUUAUAGUAGUAAAAAUAAUUGUAUAACUUAAUUUAGCACUUAAAUAAUAACACUACAAU